GAUGGGGAUGAGGAGAGGGAGGAGGAUGAUUAGGUUGAGCAGAUGUAGCAGUAUCGCAGCCAGAGAGGAGAGCUUCACUUUCUCCUUCACCCUCCUACUCCUCAUCUCUUUCCUCUUCACUGUUGUGAGUCACGGACAUGAGUUCAGCCUCCACAUCAGCAGAGAGGAAGAAAUAAUCACGCUGCGUGUGCAUCUCGUGUUACCAGUGAAAGCUGACAUGCCGCCGCAGCAUCUGGACCACCGGAGAACACCCUCCUCCGCCUCUUGAUUGACAGCUGUGCAUCAUCACACAGCUUCUGCUGACCCUGAACAGCACGCCGUGGGAAUUUCCGUCAUUUGCCCUCAUUUAAGACAAAAGGGCUCAUGCUGACCUGUGGAAACAACAUUAAUCACGGCACCAGCCAACAGUGAGAGGCCGCAUGCUGAGGUUGAUGUGGAUGUUUGCGGACAAGAUGAGGUGUCUGAGGAAGAGAUCCACAUUGCCUCUGCUGGGCUUCCUAGUUGCCUUCUUGCUGCUCUUCAACCUCUACGUGGACAUGGAUGGAUAUGUGCUGGAUACAGAAAAGCGCCAACUGGGCGAGGCAUUGAUGCAUCCCGCCAGCACGGAGCGAUACAUCCACACCUUCCGAGACCUGUCUAACUUCUCUGGGACCAUCAACGUAACAUACCGCUAUCUUGCGGGGGUCCCUUUGUCAAGGAAAAAGUAUCUGACCAUUGGGCUGUCGUCAGUGAAGCGGAAACGAGGGAACUACCUCCUAGAGACACUCAAGUCGAUUUUCGACCAAUCCAGUUACGACGAGCUGACGGAGAUUUUGGUAGUGGUCCACCUGGCUGACUUCGACCCACUGUGGUGUGAGAACCUGCUGCAGGAAAUAAGUCGCAAGUUCUCGCAUCACAUCAUCGCCGGCCGCCUGCUGGUGAUCCAGGCCCCCGAGGAGUACUAUCCGUCCCUGGACGGCCUAAAGAGGAACUACAACGACCCCGAGGACCGGGUCCGCUUCCGCUCCAAACAAAACGUGGACUACGCCUUCUUGCUUAACUUUUGCACCAAUCUCUCUGACUUCUACAUGAUGCUGGAGGAUGACGUGCGCUGCUCUCGUAACUUCUUGACGGCGCUGAAAAAGGUAAUUGCCUCUCGGGAGGGCUCCUAUUGGGUGAUGCUGGAGUUCUCCAAGCUGGGCUACAUCGGCAAGCUUUAUCACACGCGGGACCUUCAGCGCCUAGCACACUUCCUGCUUAUGUUCUACCAGGAGAUGCCGUGCGACUGGCUUUUAAUACACUUCCGUGGCCUGCUGGCCCAGAAGGACGUGAUACGCUUUAAGCCGUCCCUCUUCCAGCACAUGGGCUACUACUCAUCUUACAAGGGUGUUGAGAACAAGUUAAAGGAUGACGAUUUUGAGGAGGAUGCAGUGGACAUUCCUGACAACCCGCCGGCGCGCCUCUAUACAAACAUCCCUGUAUUCGAGAGCUACGACGCUAGCAAGGCCUACAGUGCCGUGGAUGAAUACUUCUGGGGAAAGCCCCCAUCCACAGGGGACUUCUUUGUGGUUGUCUUCAACAAGUCGGCCAAGAUCAGCAGAAUCAAGAUCACAACAGGGUCGGAGGACAGGCAGAGUGACAUCCUCCAUCACGGUGCUGUGGAAGUGGGCCAGAGGCGUGUAGAGGGCAAGCAGGAUGGCCAGUGUGCCUCCUUCAUAACUCUGGGGGAGUUCAAAGGAGGCAGGGUUGAGGUCCAGGACGUAAACAGGAAAAUUGGCUUUGACGUGGACUGCGUACGCGUCGUGGUGACAGCCAGCCAGAAGGAGUGGCUCAUCAUCAGAACCAUUAGUCUAUGGACCGCACAGCCCGGCGGCCCGUUGAUCAAGUGACAGAUCAAAUCAUGAACGUAUUUGUGUUGGAUGACUGCUGGGAGAAUCUGGGGAAAGUCUAUAUUUUCUUGUGUAUUAUGUUUUUCAACAAAUUUUCCCACGAGUGUAAAAAAAAAAAAGCAAUCCGUAAUCCCCAUUUAUACUUCGUUUUUUAAAUAUAAAGCCUGAAAUAAGUUCAUCUGUGUCUGCUGUCUUGUUUUGGAAGUUUGGAAAUCAAACUGCUUCUAAAGCAGGUGACACACUAAUACUGACAUUCCCCCAAAAUUUCUACAUUGGUCAGGAAAUCAUUCGAAGAUAUUCUACAAACAACUAAUAAACAGAAAAACAAGCUUCUGCUCUGAAAUGGAAUGAGUUCAUCACUAGUAGACGUCCAAUCCAUU